UGGCGGCGUGGGAGCGGGGUGGCAGAGCCAACUGACAGCACGGUGCGCACAGCCAUGGCAGGUUAGUGGCGCGCCGGCGGUCGCGGGGGAGGUGCGCUCCGAAAAUGCUGCGCGCAGAACAGGGAGACAGGGACUACAUCGGCUUCGCGACUCUGCCGGAGCAGGUGCACCGCAAGUCGGUGAAGCGCGGCUUCGAGUUCACCCUGAUGGUGGUGGGCGAGUCGGGACUCGGCAAGUCCACGCUCGUCAACAGCCUCUUCUUGUCCGACCUGUACAAGGACCGGCGCGUGCCCGAUGCCAACGAACGCAUUGAGAAGACAACUAGCAUUGAGAAGAAGACUAUGGACAUUGAGGAGCGAGGUGUGCGGUUACGACUGACUGUUGUUGACACGCCAGGAUUUGGAGAUGCAGUGAACUGUGAAGACAGCUGGCGUGCAUGCUGCAACUAUGUGGAUGAACAGUUCCAACAAUACUUCAAGGAUGAAAGUGGUUUGAACAGGAAAAACAUACAAGACAACAGGGUUCACUGUUGUCUCUACUUUGUACCACCUUAUGGCCAUGGCCUGCGGCAGCUGGAUCUGGAGUUUCUGAGGAGACUUCACAGAAAAGUGAAUAUUGUGCCUGUUAUUGCCAAAGCUGACACACUUACUGCAAAUGAGGUUCGCAGGCUCAAGGAGAGGGUAAUGGCCGAUAUUGAGGACAACAAAAUACAGAUUUAUCAGUUUCCUGAUUGUGACACUGAUGAAGAUGAAGAUUUUAAGCAACAGGAUAGAGAACUGAAAGCCUGUGUUCCAUUUGCUGUAGUUGGAAGCAACACUGUGCUAGAAGUAGCAGGAAAGAGGGUCCGGGGAAGACAAUAUCCGUGGGGUGUGGUGGAAGUUGAAAAUCCAAAACAUAGUGACUUCAUUAAACUACGAACAAUGCUUAUAUCUACCCACAUGCAGGAUCUGAAAGAUGUGACACAAGAUGUUCACUAUGAGAACUUUCGUGCACAAUGCAUUUCUCAGAUAUCACAGCAGGCAAUCAGAGAGCGGAGCAAACUGAAGAGAGAUUCUGGUCCCGCAUAUGAACCAGUAACCAUCAGCGACACUGAUCGUCUCCUUUUACAAAAGGAUGAAGAGAUUCGGCGCAUGCAGGACAUGCUAACACAAAUGCAAGAGAGGCUAAAGGCAACAGGUGCAAGCCCAAUGUUUCGUCAAAUGAGUCCAGGUCGGCAGUCAUCUCAAGAACCACAGGACAGUGUUGUUAAUGUCUGAAACUGAAGAUGAUAAUUUGUGUAUUUAAAUAAUCAAAUAUUCUGUGUUGAAGAUUUUGUAUGUAGAAUUGUUCGACUGUUUUAUAUGUAUACAUGUCAGCUUUGAAUGGAUUGUACUCAGUUGUUAUGUAAAGAAAUAUUUAUAAUUUUUUUUAUUUCCUUUUAUGCUACUUGUAAUUAGAGGCUAUCAGUUGACCAAUUGCCAAUGGAUGAGAAGAGUAUAGUUUAGUUAAUUCAAAUAGCAAGUAUACAUAUUUUGUCAGUGUUCUUUGACUGGAAGUGAUACACAGCAAGCAGAGACCUCAAAUAACUGAAAAUCUAUAAUACGAUGAAAUAUCCUGUCUUCCUCCUCCCUUUUCGCCUUUCAUUUCAUUUUUAAUUAAUGUUAUAAUCUUUAAAAUGGCACACUGAAAGAUUUGUUGGGAUAAAACAUUGUGACUUGUAAAUAGGAAAGGAAACUGUUCAGUCAAAUGAAGAAAAGCCCAAUUUAACAAUAGAAUAAUACAGAUCACAAAUAUCUCUCCUUCAGUUAGCAAAUACUCUCUCUCUCUUAAACAAGACAGAAAAUAUAUAUUUCAACUUUCAGAAAUUGCACACACACACACACACACACACACACACACACACACACACACACACUUGAAAACUGCCUCUCUAGGCAGUCUUAUUUAAGAAAGCUUUGAUGGAGGAAGCUUUAUUUUGCAUUUUAUCCAGUCUCAUAUUCCAGUUUUUUCUCAUUCAUUAUGUAAUGAAGAUUGUAUUUAUAUGGAAACAAGCCCUGUUGUCGAUGAACAAAAUGAGAAGAAUAACGAAGUAUUUCCUUAUGUUAAGCCAAGCACUAGUAGAGUUCAGUUAAUUUAAGAAAAGACAAAAGUAUCUGAAUAUUUUUUGCCACUUCCAUUAGACUGACUUUCUUAUGAUCUCAGGAUCAGAGAUAAGGCCUAUAAGUAAGAACAGUAUAUUUCUUAAAGUUGAAAGUUCGUUGAUCAGCGCAUUAUCUGAUAAAAAUCUGUCACAAUAACUGUUCCAUGUUGUUUAUAUUUUGUUUUCAUUUGAAUGCUCUAAGCUUCUCUUGUUAGCAGCACAUCAUCAGUAUUCAAGAAUCUGAAUCUCAACUAUUCCACCACAGUUUCCUCUCUUAAUGCUCACCUGCAACCAGCUUGUCUCAGUUUGGAUUUUGGUGAACCUUUGUUCUUCCCCUUGAAUUUCAGAAUAAAAUUCAGUUGUUAGUUGUGCAACAGACAACUGGAUUUUAUUUUGAAAUACAAACCAUAGUUGCUGAGAAAAUAACAGCCAUGAAUGAAACAUAUUACAUUUUUUUUCUUUCCUCUGCUCUCUUCCAUUCUUUCUACUCUUGCUUUUCACUGUUUUCAUGACACAACUAAAUGACUUAGUGUGUUGAUUAAUUAUGCUCAAAUUUGUUUUUGUUUGAUAUUACCCUCCUGUGUCAAAUACCGUUACUUUCACACUGUGCAUAUUUACUUAUGGAACUUUUAGAGAUAAUGCUUGUUUUGGUCGUGUUGUGAUAUAUAUUUAUUAAAAAGGUAUGUGCUCCCAAUCCCAUCAAGAGGGACAAUCCUCAGUGACACAGAAUGAGAUAAAAUUCUACAUUGCCACAGGGAUGUAGCUCUGAACGAAUAAUUCUGUAGUAUACAUUAACUGUAACUUAAAAGCAACAUAUUACGGUAGCUACCAUAGGAACUUGCUGCAUCCUACUCAGAACUUAAAAUGGUACAAAUUACUGGUUUAUGCAAUUAAGAGACAUGAAUAUUUUCCUAAUUAUGCAGUUCAGCUUAUGUUUAUCAACAGCUACCUAAUUACAGUACAAAAGAAUAAUGUAGAAUACUUAACAAUGUCACACCAUAUCUUGCAGUAUGACAAUAAAAAAGAAAGGUGUGAGGAAGGAAGCAGGAAUACGACAAAAAAGAGAAGUGGCAAGAUUUCAUUUCAAAAAUGAUUCCAAGAAAUGAAUCGUGAUUCAAAUAGAGGCUAAUGAAGGAAAGAAGGGCAUUACAUAAUAUUAAUAAGCACUAUGAAAUAUGAAAAUGAGAUUUUUAACAGCAAAAUGAUGUGUAUUUUAUACUGAUUUCACUUAGGAGAGUACUUACAAACAAACAAACAAAAACAAAAGUAAGUGAUGAAUAGCUGAUAUGAAAAUGCAAGAAUGAGGUAUCACCACCAGGAAUAAUGAGUUCUUGUACCUACUCCUGAUUAUAGCAAAGUUUUCACUACAAUCUUCCUCAAUAUGCUGCAGUCGUUUAAUGAUAGUACAAAUCAUGAUCACAGUAAGUUUUGGCCUUUAAGCUGCUGUUCUUUCCCUCUUGAUUAAGAAACCUGUUGUUCUGAAAACUAAUGCUGUGUUCCACUUAAAGAGUUCAUGCUGUCAAUCCUGGGGUUGUAUCUUGUGAAGGUAAGUAGGGGUCAGCCUUUGUGUCCAUUUGUGGUUUCAGUAAUUUAAUGAAUUAAAUUCCCCCUUUGAUACAUAUAACCUCAAUGAACACUAUAUUUAUUUGCCCUUUGAAUCUACAAUAGCAUUGUAUACUAUAGACAUUGGAUUAUUCAUGAUACUGUGUUAAUGUACUGGAUUGAUAUAAGAAUUUCCUUCAAUAAUUACUUCAGCCAAACUUCUGGUGUAAAUCUAAACCAAAUAUAAAACGUAGCUUAUAUAUCUGAAAAUACAGAUUUAUAAACUGGAUCUGAAUGCACUACUUUAUAAGUAUGAAUAUUCUGUCACUGAGCACGAGCAGUGUCUCUGUAAACAUUACUACUUUUUUUCCCCUGUUUUGUUUGUAAAGAGCUUUAAAUCUUUGCAUUUAUAGGCUUUGGAAGACUGUUAAGAAGUUUUAAGCCCAUGUGAAAUCUCUUCUGGAAGAACUCAGUAUUAGUGUGGGUCACAUGAAACUUUUUGUUAAACCAAGUAUUAUGUUUGUGAAUACCAGUUUCUUUGCAGCCUUUAUCAUCUUUCUCUGUUACACUUAUUUUAAGUAGUAUAAAUGUCUACCUAAGGUAUGUACAUGAUAGGGAGCAUAUAUUAAAUGCUGCGAGGGCAGGUUCACUUGAAGCUAUUAUUUUACUUCAGCUCAUUACUUAAGGGGCUCUGUUUUAGAUUAUGAGUGAAACCAUAGAAUUUCUUCAGAAUAUAAUACCAUAAUUUAAAUGAGACUCAAUAUGAACAUAGUAAGUACUGUACAAAUAACUGUGAUGAUAGUAGUAAAGGAUUCAAAGCUCUUGAGAUGCAACCCUCUAGGUGCAGUCAUAUAACGUAACCAAGCUUCUGACUAUGCCGUAUUUGAUUAUACCUUCAUCUAAUAGUAUACAGAUUGCUGCUUAGUAUUUCACAAACACCAACUGAUUUUUGAUUGCUGAAGAAUGAGUUGAUCCACUUGUUAAUAUGUCCCUGCAUACUAUAAAAUUUUAACUUAGUUUUCUGUUUUCACCAACCACAUCACAUCAAAAGCUUUACACAAAUUUAAAAAAAUAAGCUAGCUGUUCGCUGUUUAUGGUCCAUCAGACUUAAUAUGCAGUUGAUGCAAUCGUGUGUUGUCUGUGUUGAUUUUGCCUUCUGAAUCCACAUUGUGAUCUAUGAUAUAUAUAAUUUUUAAUCCAUAAAAGAUAUGACAUCCAUGUACAUAAUCCUCUUUCAUAUGUAAGAGGAAAUACCAAUCAGCCCAUAAGUUAUUCACACUAUGGUUUCUCACUAUUCUUAUACACAGCCUUUACUUUUGAUGUUUUCAGUUACUCUAAAAAAUGGCCUGUUUAUAAAGAAUAAUUACAUACAUGUGCUCUUGAGUUAUGUUUUGGACACACAUCUCCAAAAUUACUGAAGAGGUGACAUCAAUACCAGCUUAAUUUGUCUUCUAGUUCUCUUAUAUAUUUCACAACUUCAUCACUAAUAACAAAGCUAAAAAACAUAGUUCAAUUCAACUUUAUACUUGGUAGAUGCAAGUUUCAUCAUUAAAUUUAUGUUUAGCAUAUUGUCUAUAAUACCAAUAAAGUAGUUUUCAAACAGGCCACUGUUUAAGGAUUGCUUACCAUUGUAUUGUUUUGUGUUAAUGGAAUAUUUGUACAAAUGUUGCUAUCUUCAACGGUUUCACUUUUUCCAAGAUUCUACUUUACCUAGUUUUUAUGUAACUACCAUUGUGAAUUGAUUUAGUAAACUGUAUUGCAGAAUUCAUUGUCUAGGUUACUGGAAGCAAGUAAUUAUGGUGCUGCAAAGUUGUGCAAAAGUCUAUUUCUCCAAAAGGAGGUUAUAUUGGUAAUGUCGUUCAGUUAGUAAUAUUAGUAUUGCUUGUUAUAUUUUGUUUUUGUGGGAAACUUUAUUAUGAAUUAAAAUAACGAAUUCUAUGCAGCAGCUAAUUUUUUCAGCCACAUAAUUUGUUUCUGAGAUACUUCUCUGUCUUAUAAAGCAGUAGACUAAAAAAUAACCUGUGGGGAAAUACUGAAUAAAGUCAGCAGUCACAAUUAGUUGUAAGUGUUUGAAGUGAAGGUUGUGGCAAUGGGUACCACUUUAAAUAAAGUAAAGGGACUGACUUUUACUAGUAGAUCUCUUAUUGCAAAGUCUCUUGGGUUAGAUUUCCAACUUCAUAAUACGUUACUUAAUACAGGUUUAGUAGAGUCAUCAUAAAGUUAAUCAAUGAAAUAACACAAAACAUUUUAGCCAUGGGUAAAAUUUUUAUAAGUAUACUGGAACAUAAUAAAGGGUUUUCUUGAUUAGAAAUAAUGCAGAGUAACCUUUCUAUAUAAAGGUGCCUUAUUUUCACUUUGUAUACAAAUCUUUUAAAGUUAAUGACAUGAUACUAUAAAAGAGUUGUUUUUUGAUCAACAUUUGUAGAUAUGUACUGUAUUUAUCUUAAUGACAAUGGAUUUUGUGCAUAGUCUGUAAAUUAUGUGAUAUUAGAACAUUUAGGAGCACUAUGGUGUAAGUGUGUGUAUUAUAAGGCUGAUGUAUAUGUAAAUUAUGUGCUGUACAGGACCAGAAGGACUCAUUUUUGUACAUUUUUAUUCCCUCUUUUUAACUUUUUAAUGCUAAAAAUUUCAUACCAAUAUAAUUUUGACUGAUCUAGCAUUUUGGAUAACCUUGCUAUUUGUAUUGUGAAUUUGCAGAUUAUGUAUUAAAUAGUUAACUUAUAUGAUAUUAAGAUUUAUUUCCUCACUUCAUCAGAUGCCAUCACCAAUUAAUUAUCUUGUGAGAAUGAUUCUCAUCAGAUCGAACAUUGUCAACAUCCUGCUAAUUGAAAACAUCACCACUAAGGCAAAUUUUCAGCAUUACUACUAAUUCCAUUAAAAAAAGCAAGUGGCCACUGCAUGUGGAACCAUUCACACACAUGUACAUUUAUCCAUACUCUGCAAACGGCUGUGAAAUACAUGGAGAGUACUUUCCACUGUGAGCUUUAAUACGAGGGCUGUUCAAUAAAGAAUGAUCCCAAUUUUUUUAUGGUCAUAAUUUCUUGCCCUAAAAUUUAAUCUUAUGAUAUUAUGUUAGCUUAAUGUGCAACAAACACACUGUAGUAGUUUCAUUGUUGGAACUCCUGGUUCCCACCUGUGAGAGGCACACAAGGUGAGACAUGUUCAGUAUCGCCUACCGCUGCAGUGGAGGUAACAUGUGAGGAACAAUAUAUGGCUUUGCAAUUCUGCUUUCAACUCAACAAAUCUUCAGUUGAGGGUUAUACAAUGUUACACAAUCCUAUGGAGAGUCUGUGCUUCCCUACAGCAUAGCUCAAAGGUGGUUUAAAACGUUUAAAGAGGGGAGACAAUCAAUUUCAAAGGAAGGUGGACCUGGUGCUCCAGUUACUGCUCUUACGGAAGAUAACAUCAACACUGCUGCUGUCACUGUGAGAGAGGAUUGACA